AUGAACAAGCUGGCAUUACCCGAAAUCCUGGAAAUCGUCAAGAAAGAAGCCCGAAUUUACGCAUCAGCAAAAGUGGACGGGAUUAUUGUCGAGAACAUGCACGAUAUACCGUACGUGAAGCCUCCAAUCGGUCCAGAAAUCAUAUCGUCCAUGACUUUGGCAUGUCAAGCUGUUUCUCAGACGAUUCGUCAACAACGAGAUCAGAUGCUUCUCGGUGUCCAAAUUUUGGCCGGAGCAAACAAAGAAGCACUAGCCGUGGCUCACUGUUCAGGAUUCGAUCUGAUCCGUGCUGAGUGUUUUGUGUUUUCGCAUGUAGCUGAUGAGGGCUGGAUGGAUGGCUGUGCUGGUGAGCUGCUCCGAUACAGGCGUUCUAUUGGAGCCGACUCGGUGGCAGUCGUGACUGACGUGAAGAAAAAACACUCAUCACAUGCUGUCACGUCCGAUCACUCCAUUGGGGACGUUGCAGAAGGGGCGGAGUUUUUCCUCGCAGAUGGUGUGGUCGUGACGGGACGCUGUACGGGAGAAGCAGCCGAUACUGCGGAUUUUGAGGCUGUGCGAGCUCACUGCUCUUUGCCGAUAUUCAUUGGAUCUGGCGUUACCUCUUCAAAUGUCCAUCAAUUCCGGAAUGCUGAUGCUUUGAUUGUUGGAUCGGACUUCAAAAAGGACGGGAAAUGGAUGAACGAACUCGAUAAUGACAGAGUGAAACAUUUUAUGAACCGAAUAAAUACACUGACGUAA